UGGGAGAGGAAAACUCCAGGAACCUGAGGGAAAGAGGAAGUUCUGCUGGAAACGUCCUGUAAAGAGGCUCUGAUGUCCGGACAGCGGGAGGGAGAGCCCCGGCAUGAGGAGCAGGUUGCCCUAGACGUCCUCCUACCAUAUGAAAUUCCUGAUGGAUUGAAUGUGCGAUCGCCACACGGGUAGGAUCCCACCGCACUCAGCCAGGCCCUGAUCGUGUUUGAUGUUGGUGUAGAGGGCCUCUACGUCCAGACUCGCUAUCAGGGUGGUCUCAUUAACCUGAAUAUCCUGGAUUUUACUCGGUGUGUCCUUAGUGUCUUUGAGACGACUGUACCGGGAGCACAGAGGAACACCUGAUACCUACAUAUUGUGAUGCAGAUGAUUUGGUUGUCGCACCAGAUACAUAUGAAAAACGUACCAUUAUCCCAGUUGUACACUCAGACCUGCAAAUCAAAAAUCUGCCAUCUGAUCCUUUAAAAAAGACUGUUAUGCAGACUGCAAACCACAGAAGUGGUGCUGGAUCCCAAAGAGCUCAGAAAGGGAAGAAGUCUUAUUCAUGUUCAGAAUGUGGCAAAUGUUUUGCUCGGAAAUCACAUCUUGAUAGCCAUCAAAGACAUCACACAGGGGAGAAGCCGUAUUCAUGUUCAGAAUGUGGCAAAUGUUUUACUGAGAAAUCAAAUCUUGCGACGCAUCAGAGAGUUCACACAGGUGUGAAGCCGUAUUCAUGUUCAGAAUGUGGCAAAUGUUUUACUGGGAAAUCAAAUCUUGCGACGCAUCAGAGAGUUCACACAGGUGUGAAGCCGUAUUCCUGUUCAGAAUGUGGCAAAUGUUUUACUCAUAAAUACAAUCUUGAUAUUCAUCAAAGACAUCACACAGGGGAGAAGCCAUAUUCAUGUUCAGAAUGUGGCAAAUGUUUUACUCAUAAAAAAAAUCUUGAUAUUCAUCAAAGACAACACACAGGGGAGAAGCCAUAUUCAUGUUCAGAAUGUGGGAAAUGUUUUUCUCAGAAAUCAAAUCUUGAUAUCCAUCAAAGACAACACACAGGGGAGAAGCCAUAUUCAUGUUCAGAAUGUGGCAAAUGUUUUUCUCACAAAUCAAGUCUUGAUAUCCAUCAAUUAUAUCACACAGGGGAGAAGCCGUAUUCAUGUUCAGAAUGUGGCAAAUGUUUUAUUCUAAAAUCUUAUCUUGAUAUCCACCAAAGACAUCACACAGGGGUGAAGCCGUAUUCAUGUUCAGAAUGUGGCAAAUGUUUUAUUCUAAAAUCUAAUCUUGAUAUCCACCAAAGACAUCACACAGGGGUGAAGCCAUAUUCAUGUUCAGAGUGUGGCAAAUGUUUUUAUCAGAAAUCAUAUCUUAAUAUCCACCAAAGACAUCACACAGGGGAGAAGCCAUAUUCAUGUUCAGAAUGUGGCAAAUGUUUUACGCGGAAAUCAUAUCUUAAUAUCCACCAAAGACAUCACACAGGUGAGAAGUCAUAUUCAUGUUCAGAAUGUGGCAAAUGUUUUACGCGGAAAUCAUAUCUUAAUAUCCACCAAAGACAUCACACAGGGGAGAAGCCAUAUUCAUGUUCAGAAUGUGGUAAACGUUUUGCUGAUAAAUCAAUUCUUCAUAACCAUCAGAGAAUUCACACAGGGGAGAAGUCAUUUUCAUGUCCAGAAUGUGGAAAAUGUUUUGCUAGGAAAAAUGAUCUUGCUACGCAUUUAAAAAUUCACACAGGGGAGAGGUCAUUUUCCUGCCCAGAAUGUGGAAAAUGGUAUGCUUGGAAAGCAAAUCUUGUUAAUCAUCUGAAAUCUCACACAGAGGAGAAGUGACAUUAAUGCCCAGAACGUGUUUUACUAAAGAAUGUAAAUUUGAGAAUCAUUAGGGAAGUCACACAGGGGUGCAGCCAUGUUUAUGUUCAGAAUGUGGAAACUGUUUUAUUCAGAAAUAAGCCCUUGUUCAAUAUCAGAGAAUUCAUACAGGGGAGAAGAAGUUCUAACCCCUUCCCAACAUCCUCCAUACAUGUAUGGCGGAUGUCGGGAAUAUAAAGAUGGUGCCCACUCAAGAGUUAAGUAAGUGCCAUAGGCGAAGCAUGCGUGCGGUUUCACACAGCAGCGUCCAUGAUUGGAGAUAGCUCUGAUCGCUGACAUUCCAUCAGAUGCUGUAGCCAACUGCAACCACAGCAUCUGAGCAGUCAUUUACUGGGAGCGAGCGAGGUGUUACAGCUUGAAGAGCAUAUGAAUUAGAACCAUAGAUAACUUCAUAAAACCAAAUAUAACAAUAGCCACAUGAUGUAUCGUGAAUAAAAUAUAUAACAGAGAAUGGAUUGUAGUUCAAGGCCUUUACCAUAGCUACCAUAAACAAACCAUUAGAGAGAUUGCUUACAUGAUAAUGGAGUAUUUUCUGUUCUUACCUAUAUUAACCCCUUAGGGACCCAUGACGUACCAGUACGUCAUGAGUUUAAAGUGAGAUUGCGGCGCCCCGGGGGUUAAUCCGCACAG